AUGGCAACUAAUUCCAUCAAACUAUUGGCACCUGAGGCACACCGCGGUCUUGCGGAACUCGUAGCGAAAAGACUGGGACUCAAACUGACCGAUACCAAGCUGAAAAGAGACCCAACGGGCGAAGUUUCCUUUUCUAUUCAAGAAUCUGUGAGGGAUCAGGAUAUCUUCAUCAUCACACAAAUUGGGUCUGGUGUUGUAAAUGACAGAGUUUUAGAGCUGCUGGUUAUGAUCAAUGCCUGUAAGACAGCUUCGGCCAGAAGAAUCACCUCCGUGCUUCCAAACUUUCCCUACGCUAGACAGGACAGAAAAGACAAGAGUCGUGCGCCUAUUACGGCCAAACUCAUGGCAGAUAUGUUGACCACAGCUGGCUGCGAUCAUGUAGUGACCAUGGAUCUACACGCCUCUCAAAUUCAAGGUUUCUUCGACGUCCCAGUAGAUAAUCUUUAUGCCGAACCCAGUGUCGUCCGGUAUAUUCGGGAGCACAUCAAAUACAACGAAGCUAUCAUUAUUUCGCCAGAUGCUGGUGGUGCUAAAAGAGCUGCCGCUUUAGCUGAUCGGUUGGACUUGAAUUUUGCUUUGAUUCACAAGGAAAGAGCCAGAGCUAACGAAGUUUCUAAGAUGGUGCUGGUAGGUGACGUUACCGACAAAAUUUGCAUCAUUGUGGAUGACAUGGCAGAUACUUGCGGAACUCUUGCUAAAGCUGCAGAAAUUUUACUGGAAAAUCGCGCGCAAUCCGUCAUUGCCAUUGUCACUCACGGUGUUUUGUCGGGUAAAGCAAUUCAAAACAUUAAUGAUUCGAAACUUGAUGGAGUCGUUUGCACAAAUACGGUUCCUUUCGAGGAAAAGAUGAAGUCGUGUCCUAAACUGGCGGUUAUCGACAUCAGCGCUGUUUUGGCAGAAAGCAUCCGUCGUUUGCAUAACGGUGAAAGUAUUUCAUAUCUUUUCAAACACUCUCCGCUGUAG